AUGCAAACGUCGUUCGCCAACCUCGAAAUCCGUUCGAAUCACGGGGAGACAUCCAUGUCCUCGCCCACAUCGCAGAGCGGGCUCCUUGACGAGUCGCACCAUGGUUGCCCAUUCUCUGGCGCCAGCGGCAACCACGCGGACCACACACAGCCGGCGGGGAAACCCCAGGCUACAUGUCCCGCCAUCUUCACACAGGAAGUCGAUCCCAUCCUUAUCAAGCACUCGUUGGAGGACCGCAUCGCGUACCUCACAGACUUUCUCAACUUCACUUCGGCAGACUCGGAUGUGAUCAACAAAGUUGCGCCCCAUGUGAACGACGUGAUCCCGGAAGUCGUCGACUCGAUGUAUGCGAAGCUCUUUGAGUUCGACAUCACGAAGAAAGUGUUCAUGAAAAGGAACCAGGGAUUCGAUGGUCCUCUCCCAAAGAGAUUAGAAGACCUUACCUUGGACAGUCCUCAAAUAGUAUUCCGAAAAGUAUUCAUGAGAUCAUGGGCACGUCGCGUUCUCACGUCCGACUAUGCAAGUGGCAAAACCUGGGCCUACAUGGACAAGGUCGGGUUGAUGCACACUGGAGCAUCGCCGUUCAAGCACCAGCGCUCCCUCGGAAUUACUCCACUGAACGUUCCAUAUCGGGAUUGCGCUCUGACGCUGGGGUUGGUGCAGAACAUCUUGCAGACCGCAAUUCUUCGUUUGCCAGCGGACAAAGCAACGACAGAGGACAAGAUUGCAGCUGUCUCAGCCAUCAACAAGGUCAUCUGGAUCCAGAACGACUUGUUUUCACGGCAUUAUAUUGUCGACGAGUAG